CUUGACCUUCAUUCAAGUCAAAAGUCUAUCGCAUAUCGCUAUCGAAUUGCGAUACAUACUCUCCUUCCUUAUCUUUCUUUGUCUUGAUUGUCUUAUCAUUCCACCCACCCACUCAUCUUGAAGGGUCCCGCGAUAAGCUAGACCCUCCUUUGUUCUCACUGCCGCUCUAUCUUUGUCUGGCAGUCUACCAGUUCUAUUUCUAGCACAUUGCCUUGUCCACGGCUUUGAGUAGUAAAAAAAGUCCGCCUUGCAUAAUGACCGUCACCUCUAGAUCCAAUGCCGGACCGUUGACCGUCCUUGUAUCGACAAGGGCCGUGCUCACCUUACCGGACGAUAGCCUCGUUCUUAGCCCGGCGACGAUAUCCAUCUCGCCUACCACAGGCAAGAUAGUAGCAAUUGUUCCUGAUGUCUUGCCUCAGGCUUCAUUUCCACCGUCGACUAAAUAUAUUAAUUAUGGAACCAAACUUUUAAUUCCGGGACUUGUAGAUGCUCACGUGCAUCUCAACGAACCCGGCCGGACGGAAUGGGAGGGUUUCAACACCGGCACCAGGGCGGCUGCUUCCGGUGGUGUGACUACCGUUGUUGACAUGCCGCUCAACGCCAUCCCACCGACCACAACAUUGUCGGGAUUCAAAGAAAAAUUAGCCGCUAGUCAGGGCCAGUGCUGGGUUGAUGUAGGCUUUUAUGGAGGCGUUAUCCCCGGAAACGCAGACGAGCUGCUUCCACUGGUAGAAGCGGGAGUUCGCGGCUUUAAGGGUUUCUUAAUCGAGUCGGGUGUGGAUGAAUUCCCGGCCAUUUCGUCCAACGACAUUGCACUUGCGAUGAAAACACUCAAUGGCACGCCGACGACGCUUAUGUUCCACGCCGAAAUGAUCCCGCCGAUUGCCGAUUCCGUUGGUGAUGCAGUGCAAGCAUCCGGUCCUCCCCUAGCACCACACGGCGAUUUAAAGUCGUACCAAACGUUCCUCGAAUCGCGACCCCCGUCCUUCGAAACGUACGCAAUUGACGAAAUUAUCUCGCUUGCGCACCUCGCCCCAAACCUACAUCUACACAUCGUGCACCUAUCCGCGACGCAGGCAAUUCCGAUCCUGAAGGCCGCUCGCAAGUCCGGAGUAGAUAUCACUGCCGAAACAUGCUUCCACUACUUAGGAUUAGCAGCUGAGGGAGUUGAGAAUGGCGACUGCAGAUACAAAUGCUGUCCACCGAUCCGUGAGCAGCGCAACCAGGAUGGACUCUGGGAGGAACUAACGGCGUCGGACUCAUGCAUCAAGACUAUUGUCUCCGACCACUCGCCCUGCACACCCGAGCUCAAACUCCUUCCGUCUCAACUCCAGACUAUCGAAGCGCCGCAUAUGCAUCACUCCGACUCGGGUGUCGACAUGACAGCAGAUCUAGCUCUCACUGAAGAAAAGCAGGAAGGGACUCAGAUUGCGAAAGAAGUGGGCGACUUCUUUGCUGCAUGGGGCGGCAUCUCGUCCGUCGGCCUCGGUCUUCCCAUUUUAUACACCGCUGCCCUCAAGCGCGCUCAAGCAGGUAGCAAGUCGACCCCCAGCAUCCUCGAUAUCGUGCGUCUAUGCUCCGUUGCGACGGCGAAACAGGUCGGACUAUCGCACCGUAAGGGUGCGCUCAAAGUCGGCAUGGACGCGGAUAUCGCCGUUUUCGACGACGCAGAGGAGUGGGUGCUCAGCUCCGGAGGCAUGCACUGGAAGAACCGGUGCUCGCCGUGGGAGGGCCACAAGUUCGCCGGCCGUGUUCGGGAAACCUGGGUUCGUGGCUCUAAGGUUUUCGAGUACGGUGGUGUGAAUGGCGGGUUUGUUGGUGGGAAACCUGUUGGUGAGGCUAUUACUGAGAAGAGGAUUGCUUAAGAGUGAAUUGUUGGUGAAUUGAGUUGUGCCCCCUGCCAAGACUGGUGCUGCGCGGGGUGCGUGAGGGGUUACAGGAUGGAGAUAGAGAUGGAGAGGUUGGACGAUUAACGAUGAGCAACAGAAUAUCGCGAUGACUUGACGAGCGAACGCA